AUGUUGCGGUGCGAUCCAUAUUGGUAUACGGGUGAAAAACCUGGCCGCUGCGUGCCGAGGACGUCAACAGACUUUCAGUGUUUGACCAUCGAUGUCUUCGGAGCAUUGCCGAGUGGUGGGAACACCGGAUCAGCACUGCUGAAACUUCAAGAGGAACAAGUGCACGCGCCGACCAUGGUGGACACAAAAAUCUUCGGAAAUGGAAGGGGCUCCAAAAACCAGGAAUGGCGGGAUGUUGCCUCGUUUCAUGUGACGGACCCACUGAACGCCAAGGAUGAACUCAGCUCAUCCAGUUCAAUCAAGCUCAAUGCCUCGCGGCAUAAAAAGCGGUGCCUGUUUGUCGUGUCGGCUUAUGCCCCAACGGACUGUAGUUCUGAUGCGGAGAAGGAUACUUUCUAUCGAGAUCUAUCCGGGCUCAUUCGACAGGCAAAAAGCACUGACAUUGUGAUCCUUGCAGGCGAUUUGAAUGCUCAAGUAGGUCGUCUGAGCUCCUUGGAAUCACAUUUGGGUGGUCGUUUCGGAGUCGAUGCUCGCCGCACAGACAACGGAGAUCGACUCCUUCAGCUGUGUGCUGAUCACGAACUGUUUCUGGCAAGUACGAACUUUCAGCAUAGACGUUCGCAUCUACGAAUUGAAAGGAUAAGCGGACUUAUUCAUAACGAACCUAUUGAGCACACCAGCACCUCCAAUAUUCACCUUUCCCCUCUGUUUGCAGAUGGUCUCACCAAUGCGGACAGUUGUAUGCCGGCCGAGGUUGGUGAAAACAAUGUUCCUCUCCUCAGUCGCGAAGUGGAAGCCGAUGAAACAUCGGCCAAACGACUCAAAACGGCGGCCUCCGAGUGUCUUACUCCGCUGGACGGGUCACUUGAUUCCAGAUUAAGCGAAGUUGUGAUCAAGCCAGAGGAUGAAACGUUGUGUCGGAUGAACGUCACGGAUGACUGUACGGUUGAAGAGCUUGUAGGAGCUGAGGAAUCCUCAACCGAUGUCAGUAGUACAAAGCCAUGUGAUUCCACACCUCGUUCCGCCAGUUUAUCGAGUUCGGCUUCCGCCAAUCUGUUUGGAUCCUGGAGGGCUGGGCAGUCUCGCGAUGAUGCGAUUCUUCUUGGUGAUUCGGAUGAUGAACAAGAAAAGGUGCAUGCUAUUUCUUGCUUUCACUUUUUGAGUUUUUAUAGCCUUGAUGGUGAAGAGGAGCCAGAAGAACCGGAGGUUGAAACGGAGAUAUGCGAACUGCAAGACGCCGCAAAUCUAAUGGAUGAAAGAGGCCGGGUUGUGUUAAAUCCUAACCGGGACUCGGAAACAGAAUGCGAAAUUUGUUUACCCCCACAAAUCGCCCGAGUGAUCAAACCACAUCAGGUUAGCGGAAUCAGGUUCCUCUACGACAAUGUGAUAGAAAACCAACAGCGAUUCGAGACUACUGAUGGAUUCGGUUGUAUUCUGGCCCACAGCAUGGGUCUUGGAAAAACUAUCCAGAUUAUUGGAUUUUUGGACACAAUUUUUCGUUACUGCAAUGUGAAACGAGUGUUGGUCAUUGUGCCGAUCAACACAAUUCAAAACUGGCAAGCGGAGUUUGAGUUGUGGUUGCCCACUGAUAGACUCAAGCAAAGCCGUUUUUGGUCUAAAGUGGCGUCGGAUUCGGUUGCAGUCACAACUGCAGACACCAACACUGCGAUGUCAUCUGGGGAAAUUACUGAGGAAUCUACAUACGACCAGCACACCUUCUCUGAAUUGUUUUCUGAGCACAGUGGUCAGGUAGAUGGCACGACUGAAAAACCGAUGGAGCAAUCAUUCGGCUCGACUGAAACCGUUCCUCUUUGCAAAUCUGAGGAAUUCGAGAGGCAAAAUGGUAUCGAGCAGCGUGGGAAUUUACGUUCGUUCAAACUGUUUGUUGUACGAGACGUUGUCAAAACGAUGACACAACGACACCAAAUCGUCAAUCAAUGGUUUGAGGAGGGAGGAGUUCUUCUACUAGGCUAUGAGAUGUUUCGUCUGCUUCUGAAUCAAAAGCGUGGAGUGACCAAGGCAGAGAUUCGUGCUUUCUCGCGGCGUAAGAAAAAGACCAUUUGUUUAGACCUGAUUGAAGAGGAGAGACGGGAAAAGAUGUUAGCAGAUUUUCACGCCGCCCUUAUCGACCCCGGUCCCCAGCUCGUCAUCUGUGAUGAAGGCCAUCGGAUUAAGAAUAGUGAAGCUUCUAUCUCCAAAGCUUUGAAGGCCAUAAAAACACGGCGCCGUGUUGUGCUUACGGGUUACCCCCUGCAAAACAACCUCAUGGAGUACUGGUGCAUGGUAGACUUUGUGCGCCCAAGCUAUUUGGGGACGAAACAGGAAUUUACCAACAUGUUCCAAAGACCAAUUGAAAAUGGCCAAUGUAUUGAUAGCACACCGGAAGAUCGCAAGGUCAUGCAAGGCCGUGCCCAUGUUUUACAUGACCUUUUAUCGGGAUUUGUUCAGCGUCGGUCCCAUGUAGUGCUGAAAGCUAGUCUUCCUCCAAAAACGGAAAUUGUGCUUCUCAUUAAACUCUCUCCUCUCCAACGUACACUCUAUGCAGCUUUCAUGAAGAGUCUCAACUCCAGCGGGCCUCUAGGGUGGGCACAAGUGAACACUCUGAAGACCUAUGCGAUGUGUUGCAAGCCAUUGUAUAGGCGUAUGCAGGAUGCUAAGAUCUGUGCAGCUCGAAUUCAGUUCGCCAGCAUUCAUGUUAAUUCCAUUUUGUCAGACUUUGUUCUGCCCUUUCGUUUACUCAAGAUUUGGAAUCAUCCAGAUAUACUUUGGCGAGCGAUGGAAGAACACAAGGAAGCAAUGGACUUCGACAUCGAAGACCCUUCCAACAGCGCUUCAUCAACAGCUUACUCUAACCGAGGUCUUACACGCAGUGCGACCACAUCUGCACUGUCCAGGCGCACCUCCUCUCAGCUUUCUCUGUCCAGUUCAGAACAAUCCACUGCAACCGAGAAAUCACCCGCCGAGACUCCCCCAGCUAGUAGCACUCUCAAUUGGCCUCCAUAUACAACAGCACAGCGAUCGCCGAAUACCGCGUUCACUCCUCCCAAUCCAUUCUUCCCCACUGUACCGCAUUCCUUACUGAAUCGGCUGACGAGCCCCCCGUCAGUCCCCGCAUACCUGUACAACCAAACUCAACAGAACGCCCCCACAGUUCCUCCACCAGGGACAUACGAUUGGGCUUCCGAUGCAGCUUUAUGGGGUCCGGACUAUAAACCUGGAAAUGUGGAACAUAGCGGGAAGAUAAUCCUUUUCUUGAGCCUUCUUGAAGGUUGUGUGUUAGCUGGGGACAAGAUUCUAGUGUUCACUCAGAGUUUAUACACACUAGACCUGUUAGAGCGUAUCCUUCGUCGUCUCCCAUUACCUGUCCAAAAGUUUUCUGAAGCGGCUACUUCAUCAACUUGUGACGGCCAACCUGUUGCACCGGGGUCCGAGUUCAAGUGCACGGAAGACUGUGAUACGGAUGCGAAAAUGUACGCAGUUUAUGAAUGUCGGUCUAUAAAGACAACUGCCACCGGACCAGAUGAAUCCAGUGAAUCGGCCAACAAUGUUUCACUGCCUGAGAUCGAUCAUCAUGGGGAGCCUGUUUCUACGAAAAAUCGUGAUAUCUGUGAAGAACAGGCAAACAGUCUUGAUGAUUCACAGUUUCUUGAAAGUGUUCUGGGGCACUCCGGGUCCGUGGUCUCCGAUGAACCAACAUCUUCAUGCGUGCCCGAAGCAACUGAGCAUCAACAGAUUACAAAGAGAGAGCCACUUUCAACGACGUUUGAGCAGGUCAAAGAGGAAGAACAACCAGAGGAGACCCUACGGUCUCUACAUUAUCGGCUGGCUUCGCGUCUGGGACGUUCGAACAAGCCUAGUGUAUGGACCAAAAAUGUGCACUAUUUCCGUAUGUCGGACCGUGUGGUUGAUGAGCUGAAUCCUUCACAACAGUUCACUCGCUCCCAGGUCGAGUUGCUUAUGUCCUUCGAGGAUAAAGAUAUGCAAGGUAUAUCACAGGAGGAUUUGCAGAACUGUUCCGAUCUCGUUGAACCUGACCCCGUAUUGUCCUCGGUAUUGCAGAAGCAUAGAUCAUGGAUUACAAAGACUCCUUUCACCCACGAAUCUCUCCUGAUUGACCGGAAGGAUUACCGUCUAACGCGAGUAGAAAAACGUUUGGCCAGACAACGCUAUGAACAGGAAAAACGUUUGAGUUUGAGUUACCAGAAAGCGCAUCUAUUCCAGUUCCAACAGAUGCAAGCACUCCAGCACCAACAACUGCUCGCGGCCGGAAUCAACCCGGCACAAUUGAACCAGUCCAAUAUCCUGUCACGUGGCAGUGGAUUCAAUUAUCGACCAACCUACACGAGUGGUAUGGCUGCCAUUGACGCUAUGCGCCAAGUUGAACGUCAGUCACAUACAAACACAGAUCAAUUACAGAACCUGUAUUUCCCGUCCACAGUUGAAAACAAGACAGUCGAGAGGAAAAUCCCCAAGGGUGAAGUGAUGGAAGUUAUACAAACUUCGAAAGGGAAAUAUCUGCGAAUCGUACGCACAGGUGAUUUGUUUGUCGUAAAGACGAGUUCACACACUCCUAGCGAUACAGAUUCUAAAGCUGACGCAGCUGCGGCUACUAGCUCUUUCGGUAAUAAUGGCGCGUCUGCGUCGACGACACCGGCCUCCGUCUCUUCUUUCGCUGCACCCACAUGUGAUUCCCGUCAAGCUGGGCUAUCGCCGCCUCGAAAUUCACAGCCAGAACUGCGCUCGCAAAACACCGAUUCGAAGACACCGGUGGAGCCGGCCAACCCAGAAAGCACGAAUAUGACUUCUCCUACCUCCGUUUCCUUCAGCAGUGCUGAUGUCAGACUGCGAGCUUUGUUCAGCGAAGCGGGAAGUCGACCCACCGUUUGUCCUCCGACAACAGUUAACGCGGUACAUGAUAGCUCAUCGGGAGAUAUGACCAAACGUUUGCCUGCAUUUUCUGCAAGUGAACCGCCCCAGACGUCAGUCUCUACAACCACCUCUUCGAUCCGAUUGCAUCAUCCGACAAAUACCAGUUCCACUUAUCCUAGCAUCCACCACAUGGACCAUGCUCCUACUACUACUACCUCUAGCAGCACUUCUGUUGCUCAUCAACCUCAUAGUGGGUCAACUCAAAAUCAGUUCUCUCUCUCCUCUCAAUCAACACAGGCCUCCAAACAUUUCGAAGCCCGCUCUCGGGUCGAUGCUUAUCAGCACCAUUUCGAUCAGCAGUACUUUGGGCAGCUGGCACAGCGCCAACAGCAUCAACAGACCUCUUCUUGGAUUUGUCCGAAUUGCGGACUCCCAGCCACCAGUUGCACAUGUAACACUCCAUCCGGAAUAGCAAAUGAUUCUGACAAAUCUGCCUCGCGAGUCUCUGCACAACAUCCACUCUCUCCCACUUCCUUCGGUCAACAAUCGAGUUGUAGUUCCUUCGCGUUGUCUUCUGGCACAACUCAACCUGCUUCUCCGAAACAAGAACGCAAAGAAUCCCGCAACAACGCCUUCGUCGGCUCCACGAAUUACGGUUCAGUAGCUACUUCUCAGUUCUAUUCACCUGAAGCCGUCAGCAGGCGACAGCAGCAGCAACAACAACAGCAAGAAUACUUGCGGGCCGCUGAAGAAGUGGCUCGCCAAUCGGCCGCUGCCUACCUGCAUUUUAACAAACAGCAGCUUUCUUCCUCACAAGGUAAUCAACACUCCUCAAUAACUCCACACCACUCACGUUCUGAUUUUAACAUAACCAGUUCGGCUGCGCAUCAACAAACAUCCUCCUCGAUCAGUGGUAACAACACUAACAAUAGUCCUGUGUUCCCCUCUAUCCCAUCCGCCCCGAACCCAGCUUCCAUGGUCCAUGACUAUUUCGCCCAGUUGACGGGUCAACCGGGCCACCAGUCAAAUAUGUUCCACCACAACAAUCCUGCUGGCAACUCGCAUCCCGUCGCUGCGGCCAUGCAGCAGUAUUUGGUUAGUAACGCGGGUGGUUCAAGUCUCGUUCAUUCAGAUAGUUCAAAUUUCUACGCGAAUCUUCCAUCUCAGCGCCAGUUCGAAUCGGCCACGCAGUCUAGUAACUAUGUCCAAGGUCCCGGGGCGACUGAGCAGCAGCAGACUAGGUCGUCCAUGGUUGGACAGCAUCUUCAACAACAGCAGCAACCAUACCAGUUCCCUCUCAUGCAGUCAAGCUCUCAGAUGCCACCGUUCGACAGACUACAAUCCCAUCGAUUGCUCCCAAACUUUCGACUUCCAUAACAGGCUAACGUCAUCGGCAAACACAGCGUCUGUCCUUCCAUUCUUAAAUUGAUUCUUUGCAUUAUAUUCUAAAUCGAACGAAUAACUAUUCUUGUAAAUACUAGUGUAAACAAGGUUGAAUCGUGACUAAUUUAUUUGAACAUCCUUAUCUGAUCCCGUUUAUGCAUCUAUCUUGUUAUCGGUCGCCAGCCGUUAAGGGGCUGAUCGGUUUUACCCCAUCUUUACAUUCACUAUGUGACCAUCUCUCAAACAAGACACGCUGCAUAAUAUUUCAGACGCAAAUAGCUCCCCUCUAACUUUGCCUCUUGUGCAGCCCUUGCAUCACCGCUGCUUUUGUAGGCGCCUCAUCACAUUAGCAACCGUUCACCGAUUAAUCUUGUAAUACCAUAUGUUUCGUUUUCCGUACUUUGUUUCAUCUCUUCCUCUGUAUACAUUCUGCUGUAAUGUUUUCAUGCUGGUGCGGAUACUAAUGCUGCUCGUAAUACUAGAUUUCGAAUGUGCGUUCAUUUGAACAAGGCAAAAGGCGGAUGUAAUCGGGUGAUGUGUAUCUUCACCGUCACCUGGUGAAGCCGUUAACAGACAGUAGCACUCAGUUGUUGAGUGUACUCAAAUGUAUAAUUGCAUUUAAAACUGAUUUUUAUAAAGUCUUGCG